UUCCAGUGUAGGCAGGGGUGGACUGACCAUUUGGAAACUCAGGCACUGCCCGAGGGCCCAGGGUCUGUAGGGGGCCCCAUGAGAUGUCCCUGGUACCUUUUUCAUAGGCUUUUUUGAGUUUGGGCAAGGACACAGGGGCCCCAUGAUCCCCUAUUGCCUGGGGGCCCCAUGAGUUGUCAGUCUGCCACUGAGUUCCGCCCCUGGUCCUGAGCCAUGUUAGGCAUUCAGUGACAACUUUCUGGUAGCUUGCAUGAUGCC